CCCAACGCCGUGCUCCGUCGUCGUCUCCGCCCCCAGAGUGAUCGAGCCCACUGACCUGGCCCCCGAGCCUCAGCUCGUGAGUCCGGCACCGCGCCUCGCCAUGGCCAUGGUGCAGCCGGCGGACACGGCCGUCAAGGCCAACGAGAUCCUGGCGCGGUUCCGGCCCAUCGCGCCCAAGCCCACACUGGCAGCAGCCGCCGCCGCCGCCGCGGCGCCCGUGGCGCAGGCCGCGGCCGAGGGCGUCGUGGCCGCGAACCGCGUGCUGUGCCAUCUGCAGAGCAGGCCGUGCCGCGCGCGCAAGCGCGGCCGCCCCACCGUCGUGCCGGUGUCGCCCAAGUCGGGCGCGCAGCCGCCCGCGAAGCGGAGGAGAGCCUCUACGCCGUACCCGCCUCUCCGGUGCGCGGCGGCGACCACGGGGGCGCAUGUGUCCGCGGUCGUCCCAGGCAGUGCGCGUCUCCCACCGGCGAGUGCGGGUGUCGAAGACAUCGCGAAGGCGGCGGCGGCGGCGGCGACAGAGGAGGGGAGGGACGUCCCCGUGGAGCGCGACCUGCUGCGGAAGCUGCUGGAGCCCAGGGUCAUAUCGCCGCGGGCGGUGCGCCCGGUGUGGUCUGCCAUCCACGUCGGGUGCAUCCACCGCACCGACGACGCGGCCUGCACCGACGCCGCCGUCUCGAAGACGGCGGUUCAGGUGGAGGCGGAGCUGGAGGUCGACGCGCUCCCGGCGGUGGUCUCCGACUCAGGCAACCGCGUCCGGCUCGUGAACGACGCGUACAAGGAGAUGGUGGGGCAGCCCGAGUGCCCGUGGCUCGACGCCGUGGCUGCCACGUCGAGGAGGAUCAGCGGGGAGGUGGCGCUGGUGGUAGCGGACCGGUCCUCUCUGCCGGACUCGUACGGGGCGUUCACAUGCACGGCAAAGAUCGAGUGGGAGGACGACGGGAAGGUCACCUCCAUCGCUGCACCCUGCGACGUCAGCCGGCUGCAGUGCGAGUCCAGGGAUUACCUCUUCGCCUGGAGGUUCCGCACCGCCGCCGCCGACGCCGACGCAUCCGUUGGACACAGCUCCGAGGAGAUUAGUGAGAGUUAGGGAAGCUUGAGCUGCAUCCAAUGAAACCAAGUGCAUAGACUAAGCCGCUAGCUGCAUGUUAAAACUGAGCAGCUUCCUCUUUCGCGAAGUCCAAUAGGAUGUAGACCCAGUUCUGAAAUCCUGAGUAAAUAUAAGAUGUUGACUGGAGAAUGCAAAGGAAGUAUAACCUGCCCUUUCAGGAAA